GGCAGAUAAGAGCCCCGUGCAGAGUGUGUGUAUGAUACAGCGCAGGUUUCUCACUACAAUCAGCAGGAUGACAGAAGAGGCCAAGAGACUUGCGGGCUGUGCUGCUGUGGAUAACCAUGUUAAGAACAAUCAAGCACUUGGCAUUGGAAGUGGCUCCACCAUAGUACAUGCUGUGAAUCGACUAGCGGAACGGGUGAAGCAGGAAAAUCUGAAAGUCGUGUGUGUCCCUACGUCUUUUCAGGCCCGGCAGCUGAUCCUGCAGAACGGAUUAGUUCUGACCGACUUGGACAGACACCCUGAGCUUGAUGUCGCCAUUGAUGGAGCAGAUGAAGUGGAUUCAGAUCUUAACCUUAUAAAAGGAGGAGGUGGCUGCUUGGCUCAGGAGAAAAUAGUGGCUGGCUGUGCCAAGUCCUUCAUCGUCAUUGCCGAUUACAGGAAAGAUUCCAAAAAUUUUGGGGAGCAAUGGAAGAAAGGCGUUCCUAUUGAAGUGAUCCCCAUGGCUUAUGUACCGGUGAUUAAAGCCUUACAGAGUCGGUUUGGGGGUGUAGCUGAAUUAAGGAUGGCUGUCAGUAAAGCAGGCCCAGUGGUCACAGAUAAUGGGAACUUUCUUUUAGACUGGAAGUUUGACAAGGUGCAUGACUGGAGAACUGUAAAUACAGAAAUAAAGAUGAUACCAGGUGUGGUAGACACUGGUCUUUUCAUUAACAUGGCUGAGCGAGUUUAUUUCGGAAUGGAGGACGGGACGGUUACAAUCCGCGACAAGCCAAUGAAUUAAUGCCAACGCUGCAAAUACCUGUGCCAAACCCCUACGUCUUGCAUCAUGUAUAUUCCCCAUUGUCUGUUCUCCUGGUACUUCCCUUGUUUGUUACAGUUGAACUUCACUCUUUCUGUGCAUCUGUGUUUCUAUUAUGGAGAGCUGACCCCUCCUUUUAUAACCCUUUUAUGGACACACUUUUCUCCCAGCAUGCACGAUAGUCCGAUCCUCCACAAAGUGGUCAUUAGACAAUGCACUAAUUGUUGUAUAUAACGUUUAUUAAACUUGUGCUGAUACCAGACGUAGGUUUAGUAAAUAGCGCACACACCGUACCCCUUUAAUAAAUGACAUUUAGUGCCAUUACGUAAUUCCCUUGGCUAAUGAGCCCCAUUUGUUUAGUAAAUUCGUAUUGUGAACUGUUCAAGAUGGUCGUUUCUGUCUUUAAUAUACUGAGCCAUAUAUUUAAUCAUCGCCUACAAUAAAGCAAAGAAGAGAAUAUUUUUUUUGUAUAAGUUUGCCAAAUUCUAAAGCUUCCAUUACAUUUUUGUCGGAUAAAGAUAUACUGUAAAAUAUUUUUGACUAAACGCUAUUCCAAUCAUUUAAACUUUUCCACCCGGUCAGUAUCUGCUUGUAUCUUUAAGGGGAACGAUCUCGAAAAUGAAAAUUUAAUAUACAGUAAGAAACUUUCUAAAUACAAUCCAUGUUCUGCAUAAUUUCUGAAAUAAUCAAGUUAUUAUCUCUCCGCAUCUGUUUCUCUUCAUUCUCUCUUCAUGCAGCAGUUGGGUGUCAGAUAUUCAUUGACAGUUAGAUCCAAUAUAUCUUAUAGGGAGGCUCCUUUUGCCUAGAAGAUGUAUUGGAGCUCACUCUAUUAAAAUCACCAGACAUCAUGUCUCUCUACAUGCAGCAGUUGGGUUUCAGAUAUUAAUUGACAGUUAGAUCCAAUAUAUCUUAUAGGGGGUGCCUUUCCUAGCAGAUGUAUUAGAGCUCACUCAAAAAACUGAUUCCAGUACAAACAAAAUGUAACAAAAUAACUGCCUUUUGCACAAAUUCUGCAUGUAGAGAGACAUGAUGUCUGGUGAUUUUAAUAGAGUGAGCUCUAAUACAUCUUCUAGGCAAAAGGAGCCUCCCUAUAAGAUAUAUUGGAUCUAACUGUCAAUGAAUAUCUGACACCCAACUGCUGCAUGAAGAGAGAAUGAAGAGAAACAGAUGCUGAGAGAGGAAUAGUGACUAUAAACUUGAUUAUUUCAGAAAUGGUACUGAAUUUGCAAUUGAUUAUAUUUUAGAAAACUUCUUAUUUCAGUAUGAUGAAGCUUGUAUUCAAUUUUCAUUUCUUGGGCGGUAGGUUUUGAUGUUCAUGUGCCAAUCCAGUCAAUUGCAUUAUGUCAAAAGGAGAGGGGAGGACAAGAUAACUUGGCAGUUAUACUUGGGUAUUAGAGAGAGCAUAUAUUGCCUGCUGGUUUUAGUUAGCCUUUAAACUGCACAAUUUUUACAUUUCUAUUGUUGUUGUUGUUGAUCACAAGUGCCUUUAUUUACACAGUCCUUUGGGUCUCUUCUUGUUUCCAGUGGUUUCUUUACUUAGAUAUUGUUUGAUCCACUUGAUUUCACACUGUUGAUUUCAUAUGCCAUUUUCAUUUUGCUUGGAAUUUGGGCAAAUGAUCUAAGCUAUCGGCCAAUUGCCUGCUGUGUAUGUUUCUGUACAAUGGAAGGCAAUGGUUAAUGUGUUUCUCAGAUAUGCGUCUGCUGCUUAGGUACUGGAAAUUCUAUUUCUGUAAUAGCUGCAUGAGAUCAAACUCUUGUGUAACUGCUGCCCACUUGGUAAAACAAUCGGUUUACUUUCCGCUGGUCUGAGACUAAUGUGAACAGUAAAUGUAAUUUCGGGAGACUGUCAGCUCUUUGCCAAUCCGAGUCUGCUUCUCACCAAAACAAAGCCGAAUCAUAUCGUAAAGCUGCUUAAAACAUUCAUUUCCAAGAACCACUUUGUAGUGACUGAAGCCAGUGUAAAAAAGAGCUGAUAACAUUUGGGAUCAGGGGGUGGUUGUCUCUUUUUGGAUACAAAUGUUAUUCGAGCUUUACUAGAAAUGCAAUGUAAAGAAAAUGUCAAAUCCUGCAAUAAAGAUUUAAUAGAAA